GAGUGGUUAAUUUUUAUUAAGCUCCGCGUUUGUGUUCAUCAGAAGGGGUUUUGAAUCGGCGACUUAGCAGUUCUUUCAGUUUUCGCCAGCUCGGUGCAUACCCGGGCAUAUUUUUUUUAAAAAAAUGUCGCGGUAUCCAAGGCCACUCACGCUCUUGGUCGUCGUGGUAUUUGUUUCGGUUGGUUCAAGAGCUGUGUUCGGUUUGGACGCUGCCAAAUCUUUCGAAUCAAGUGGAGAUUCUUCGGUUGAAGCCGGAGUGGACAGUGUUCAGAGUCCAGAAAAUUCUGAGAACGAAUUGGUUGGUAAAAUAGCAGAACCCGGACCAAAUGCAAAAUCUCUUGUGCACGAAAUCGAAUUGGUGGAAAAUGUGGAAAAUGGAAAAGACACGGAUGUCGAGGACAUGCCUGAUGUUUCUGAAGCGAAGCCAUUUGAUGAUAAGACGAGAUCAGGAAAUUUAGAUGUGUACUACGACUGUAAAGAUAACAGGUUUGGUCCUCCGACCCAUCGACUCGGCCCAAAAGAAGAGGCCUACGUCAUCACCGAGACUCGUCUCAGGGAGAUCCGCAGCGAAUUCAUGUAUUGCUUCUUCGAUAAGGGUGGUGAUGAUGGCAAUGGUGAUUAUCAGCAGGACAUCCACAACUCCAUACCUCAAAUCCACAAGAAUUUUAACUUCCAGCUGCCCUUCUAUGGAUUUCGGUUCAAUUAUACCAGGCUUUCCAUGAAUGGGUACCUUGAGUUCAGCGACCCACCCGAGCACUACACGUACCCCCUCGUAUUUCCGAAUAAGGAAUGGCCCACGAAGAAUGACCCUUCCUUCAUCGGGAUCUUCUUCACCAAGUCUCGUAUCGGCAAGAUCCGCAAUGAAGACGUUGAUCAAAGGAGGCCAGGAAUGUAUUUCCGCCUAGAGCGAGAUCUGCAAUCUCGUACCGAUCAAUUUGGCGUCGAGAUGAGGGAACGCCUGAAGUGGGAUAUCCGCGAGGGGAUAAUUGGGUCAGACACCUUUGAUCCGAAACACGCUGUCAUUGUUACCUGGAAGAACAUGUCAUUUGCUGGGGGCAUUGAUAAUUCGCUCUACAGAACAAACACUUUCCAACUGAUAUUAGCCACGGAUGAGGUUUAUUCGUACGCCAUAUUCAAUUACGUUAACCUGCAAUGGACCAGUCACACAGAAGCGGGGGGUGACACAACUACAGGAGAGGGUGGCGUGCCAGCAUUUAUUGGAUUUAAUGGAGGAAAUGGGACUCAAAGCUUUGACUACAAGCCUUACUCUCAAAAUUCAGUUUUGCGAGACUUGGUAGGCAGGGGCUGGACGAACGGCUUCCCAGGAAGGCACAUAUUUCGCAUUGACGAGAAAAUCAUGGUUGGGAAUUGCAACAAAGAUCUUGCGGGAGCAAAUCUGGAUUUGGUAUUUGCUCCAGAGAGUGGCAAUAUGUUGGGAGGAACUGUCGUUAACAUAACUGGACCCUGUUUUGUUCCUGGAGAGAAAAUCCAAUGCAGGUUUGAUGACACGACUAUAACGGGAACAGUGGUGGAUUCCAACAGAGCUAUUUGUGUCCAGCCAUUCAUGAUGGCUGAGGGUUAUGUGCGUUUUGAAAUAGCAACUGGAGAAUCCAAAUUUAACUGGAAAGGAAAAUUCUUUGUUGAGACCCCAGCGACAGCAACAGACAGAAUUUACUUUGAAGGCGAUGAUGUACAUCAGCGCGCCCCAGCUGAAAUUAAGAUGUCUUGGAACAAACGCAAUUUAACAACCAGUGAGAAUGCUCCUAUCAAAAUAUCACUGUGGGGAUACAGAGAGACAACGAUUCGACCAGAGCUGCUGUACAUAGACAUGAUUGAGGAAAGUGCUGUGAACUCGGGUACGUACACCAUCUCGCCGGGAAACUUCAGAUCACGUUCAAACCCAGCAACUGAUAAUCUGAAAUUUGGAUUUAUUCACAUCAACCUGACCAAUCCAGCACAACACGCGGGUCUCACAGUGUCUCCGGUGAUGUGGAGUAAACCCAUUCCAUUGGCCUGGUAUUUCAAUGGCCAAUGGGAACGCAAAUAUGGGUCAAGAUGGAGUGAGGACCUGUGCAAUGAAUGGAUAACUGAUGAUCGCUACCUCAAGAACUUUGCUGCUGAAGUUCCACAGUGCCCCUGUUCAUUGGAGCACGCUUUGUCCGAUAAAGGUCGCUACCUACCCGACUUUGACUGUGACAAAGAUGCAAAUCCGAGCUGCUUCUACCACAAGGGGGCUGUGCACUGUGUCCGUUCUGGAGCACCGAGUUUGAUUGGCUCUGGCCAGCAGUGCUGCUAUGACAAGAACAAUUAUCUGAUGCUGAGCUAUGACCAGCAAUGGGGGUCGUGGCCUCACAGAUCACAUAACAUUGGUUUCCUACCCUGGAAUGAAGCUAACAAGGUUCCAACUCUCUCGCACUGGUAUCAUGACAUCGCGCCGUUCUACAUGUGCUGUUUGUGGCAAGAAGAGCAGGCGGUCGGCUGCGAGACCUUCCGCUUUGAGCGCCGACCCACGCAGGACUGUGUUGCCUACCAGUCACCCUCUGUUGCCACUGUGUUUGGCGACCCACAUAUCGUCACGUUCGAUGACUUGGAGUACACGUUUAAUGGGAAGGGAGAGUUUGUGUUGCUACAUUCUGACACUCCAAAGCACAAAUUUGAUGUUCAGGGACGUUUUGAGCAGCUUCCCCAAAAUAUCUACGGGGAGGUGAGAGCUACACAGCUGACAUCUGUUGCAGCCAGAGAUAAUGCCUCGACUAUAGUCGAAGUACGCUUGAGACCAAAGCAUGCCCAGUGGAGGUACCAUCUUGAUGUGUUUGCUGGAGGAAAGAGAGUGUACUUCGAUAGGUCAUCCUUGAGGAUACAGCACUUCCCUGGAGUGACGGUGUAUAUGCCAACGUACAUUCUUAACCAGUCCGAGAUCAUAAUGAUGUUUGAAUCUGGCGCUGGAGUCGAGGUUAUCGAGAAUGAAGGUUUCAUGACUACGAGAGUCUACUUACCUUGGUCAUUCAUGAAUCAAACACGAGGUCUGUUUGGAAAUUGGAGUCAUGACAUCAUAGAUGAUUUUACACUUCCAAAUGGAUUGAUGGCAGGUGUUGGAUUGGGCAUUAACAAUUUUGAAAGUAUUCAUAGGGACUUCGCAUUACACUGGUUAAUAGAGGACAAAGAUGAUCCCAAUAAAGGUGUUGCACUCUUUACUAGAGAAUUUGGUAGAACUGCAAAUUUCUAUGCCAACAAGACAUUUGUUCCGGAGUUUCGAAAAACGCCACAAGACAUCAUUCCUAGCAACAGGAGUAAAGACAUUGAGAUGGCGCACAGUUUGUGUGGAGAAGCAUACCAGUGUCUCUAUGACUAUGCGAUGAGUCUGAACAGAGACCUGGCUCAUUUCACCAGGAACUACCUGGACAGCUUCGUCAACAUCAAAUCAAGGAACAAGGAAAGAGUGAUAUCAUGUGGUGUUCUGGAGACUCCUCGGUUUGGACGCAAGAGUACCUUCCUUUUUGUACCUGGAUCCAAGGUGACCUUUGAAUGUUCGCAAGAUUUUAUUCUUAUCGGAGAUCAACGUCGCGUCUGCACUGAAACAGGGCGGUGGGACACACCUACAUACGGAUACACAGAAUGUCUACGUCAGCAGGAGUAUUCAUCACGCCAAAUUGGGAUGACAUUUGGUGUUAUUCUGAGUGUGCUGGUACCACUAAUCCUGAUUGGCGCAUGUGCUGCUUACUGCAUUCUUAAAAGGCGUAAAGUUAAGGACACUUCUGCUGAAUCUUGGCACUAUAAACCUGAAGUGCCAGCUUCAGUGGAACCACUGAAAGCAGUGCCUCUUGCCACUAGCAGUUUCAAUGCCUACCGCCACAGUAAUGGUGCAGCGAGUGACCAUAGUGACCGGAGCAGCUCGGGAAGCAGUAGUUUGGGUGGGACGAAGAAGCGCAGGAUGUACGAUCGUUCAUAUCGUACUCAUGAACCACUUCCUGGAAAGCCAUCUGUUGAUUUUGAUGAUAAGUUGUGGGACUUAGGAGAGGAGGAAGAGGGAGGGGGUGUGAACACAUCGCUGACAACUAGUGAUGAAGCACCUUCUGACCUCAGCGGUAAGGCUGUGUACAGACACAGUCGUCAGACGGACAUUUACUAAACAUUGUGCAUUACAUCCAAGGCAAAAUGUUACAGUUCAUAUCAGACUUCAUUGGAGUACUCAUCAUUUUAUUGAUAAAGACUUUAUAAUUAAUGAAACAUGACAACUUAAUCUCAGAUGUAUCUGCUCUCUUUUUGGGUCAUGGGAUUAGAUAGAAAUUAACUUUUUCUUCAGAUCUGAGAAUCCAUUUUCAUUCCAUUGUCAUCCUAAAGAAGUUCACAAUGAGAAUCAUAAAUCAAAAUUUUCUUUCUUAUGGGUAUCUGUGACAG